GUUUCAAUAUAUCUUCUGAUCUGAUCUGCAUUGUAGCGAAAUGGGUUCGAGUUCAACAUGGACUGCAAGGCAAAACAAGCUGUUUGAGAAUGCACUGGCCAUCUACGACAAGGACACACCGGACCGCUGGCAAAAUCUGGCUAGGGCUGUGGGUGGGAAUAAGACCGUGGAGGAAGUGAAGAAGCACUAUGAGAAGCUUGAGGAGGACAUCAAGCACAUCGAGUCCGGGCGCGUGCCCUUACCCAAUUAUAAACCAAUUGGGUCCGAAACAAACUCCUGGAUGAGAAACGGAGCCUGAAGUAUGUAAUGAAAGCUUGAAAUUAGCAAGAAUCAGAAUGCAUAGGGAAGGGAGAGAAUCCAACGCAUUACAACUAAAAAGCAAAAUGCAGUAUGUCAAUCGCAGGAAUCAAAACUUGGUUAAGGUGUUUUUUUUUUUUUUUUUUUUUUUUUUUUUUUUUUUUUGGGUGUUGUUUUUUUUUAGUGGUUCUAUAUCAAUUUACUAAAGGAGAGUCAACAGCGACUCACAAUAUGCUCAAGUUCUCAUGUUGCAGUGGAAUAAAUAUAUAUAUUCUGCUUUUGUGGA